AUGUCCAUCCCCUACAGUGGAACUUUCAGGAGAUCCGGAGGUGUAGUUUCUGCUAUUGGAAAACAAUUAAAAGCUGUUAAUCUAAAAGCUGCCAGGAGAAUCACAGUCAAAUUUGAUCCUUUUAGUGAGAACGUAACUCAUACGAGGAAUUUCUUGCACUAUAUUAGUUCACCUAAGAUAGCAUUGACAAAUCCCAAUUGUAUUUUAAAAACGGAAGUUGUCUGUGAUAGAAGUGAACCAACAGUGGAUAUAAGCAUUUUACCAUCAAUAGCAGAAUCGGCAAGUUUGAAAAGUGUCACAUUAAAGAGUGGUAACUUAACAUGUUUGGAGUUGUUAAAACUGCUUAACAAACACAUUUCAUCAUUAGCACCCCCAGAACAAAUUAUAACACCAACUAAAUUAGAGAAAAAGAAAGGAAAGAAAAAAUAA